AUGGAUCCUUCACAUCCUCCACCCAAUCCAUUUUUUAAGUUCACACUACUUUCACAUAAUGAUACUAAUGAAGCCAAUCAAAGCCCACAACCCCCAAUCUAUCCAUCUUCCUUUCUUCACGGAAUGAGCAAUGUCAAUUAUCAACAAUUACCUAGUUUGUAUCAAGGUGUUCCACCACCCUAUCAUCCAUCAUAUUCCAUUUUUACUCCAAUGUCUACCCCCACUGGGUUUACUCAUCCUACUCCUGCAACAAAUAUACCUUUGCCAGAAUUUCCUGAGUACUCCACUCAAGAAAUGCCAACACCUCAAGAAACACGACCCGCAAGCAUAUUGAAAAGUCGAUGGACAAAUAAGGAUGACAUGUUGUUAUGUAGCGCAUGGCUCAACAUUAGUAAAGAUAGUGCAGUUGGAAAUGAUCAAAGUGGUAAUAGCUUUUGGAAUCGAAUUGUAGAAUUUUACAAUCAGUACCGAAGACAACCUGAGCAAGCAAGAAGAAACAAACAGGCAUUGCUGAAUCGUUGGGGGAAGAUAAAUCAUUCAGUUUCAAAAUUCGUCGACUAUUAUGAACAAAUUUUGAAUCGGAGGGAAAGUGGCUUAAAUGAAGCUGAUAAAAGAAAUAGGGCCAUGCAAUUAUAUAACGAGAUUGAGAAAGAAAAUUUUAUAUUUUUGCAUGCUUGGGAAGUGCUAAGGAAUGAAGAGAAAUGGUGUAGCCAAGCUGGGAGGGGCAUUGAUGUUCACUUGACCGGGGGUCCAAAGCGAACAAAAAAUACGGAGUCAGGUAAAUUCACAUCAUCAUCAUCAAAUACAUUUUCACAAUCAAGUGAGACACCGUGUGUGGGAGUGCCUAGCCCUCGUCCCUUGGGAAGGGACGCUUCUAAGGCGAAAGGAAAAAGAAAGCAAUCACCAACACAGUCAACGGUAUCAGAAAGUUAUGGCGAGCAAGUUGAAAAGCAAAUGACCGUGGAGAUGGAAAAAGUAAAUCUUAUGAAACAAUAUAUGAAGCGACAAGAAGAGAGGUUGCAACAACAACAACAAAAGGAUAAAAAUAGGUUUCUCAUUGAGCUUAUGCAACUAGAUACAUCAACUAUGAAUGAAAUGCAAAAACAGUUGUACGAUAAGCAAAUGAAGAAGUUAUUAGAUGACUAA